AAGGGUGAAACUUCUUUGGUACCUUUUCGUCCUCCCUCAGCAGUCGACCAAAUCUGCCGUUCGUCAAACCCCCCCUCCCACGGCGUUUUAAAUCUGAAGAAACAGGAGGAGCGACGAGCAAUUCGAGGAAGGAUUCUGCCAUCCUGUCUCGCCGCCCUCCCAAAUCUGAGAGCGUUCCCAGGACUAGGGUUCGCGAGAUCCAGCCCCGGGAUGGAUCCGAACCCUAGAGCUCCCCUGCUCCUCCUCGCCGUCGUCGCCCUCCUCGCGCUCGCCGCUUCCGUGGCGGCGGCCGCCGAGGACGACGCGUCGGGGAUCUCGCUGGGCCGUCGCGCCGGGGGGUUCUUGCACGGCCUGAAGAAGGACGCGGUGGCGGAGGGCGACCAUGGGGUGGCGCUCGACGAGGUCGGCCCGGGGCUGUUCGACGCGCUCUUCGCCAGCCUCUCCAUGAUCCUAGUCAGCGAGAUUGGAGAUGAAACAUUUAUCAUUGCUGCGCUGAUGGCGAUGCGGCACCCCAAGUCGAUUGUUCUGUCCGGUGCACUCUCUGCACUUUACGUGAUGACGGUAUUGUCAACUGGACUCGGUAGAAUAGUGCCCAACUUGAUAUCAAGGAAGCACACAAAUAGUGCUGCUACAGUUUUGUACUUGUUCUUUGGACUACGGUUGUUGUAUAUUGCUUGGAAGUCUGACCCAAAGGGAUCUCAGAAGAAGGAAAUCGAAGAAGUGGAAGAGAAGCUUGAGUCAGGUCAAGGAAAAUCAACCGUUCGUAGGUUCUUUGCAAGAUUUUGUACACCAAUCUUUUUGGAGGCUUUCAUCUUAACCUUUUUAGCCGAAUGGGGCGAUCGAAGCCAAAUAGCAACAAUCGCGCUCGCAACCCACAAGAAUGCUAUUGGAGUUGCAGUUGGAGCAUCAUUAGGGCACACAGUGUGCACAUCUCUCGCAGUGAUAGGAGGGAGCAUGUUGGCAUCAAAGAUUUCGCAACGUACAGUAGCGACAAUUGGAGGUGUUCUCUUCUUGGGGUUUUCUGUUUCAUCCUACUUCUACCCUCCGUUGUGAUGGAAAGGUACUAUCAACUUCCACCUGGAUGGUAACCUUGAAUUGUUUGACGUCCUGCUGAACGAAACAUAGUGUAACCUCCCUUGCUGGACGCCGCUUGAAAUGAUGAUGAAGUAACUCAAAUUAUUCCAGCGUCCCUUGAGUCACAGGUUCCAAUUCAUGUACAGUCCUUACAGAAUGACAAUGCGCUCUGCCAUGCUGCCUUCACUCCGUACCUAGAAGCUGCCGCGAUGAGAGCAUGGCUGAUUUUUUGUUGGUUGUAUCUAAAAUAUAACUUAUACUAUAUGUUCCAAGUUCUUCAAGAAAAAGCUGCUCUAUGUUCUUUUGUCUGUCUCAA